AUGAAUUACGAUCGUCGCUUCUCGCCUGGGGCGAACCCCGAUUACUCAAAUCGAACCAUGAAUUACCGCGACUCACGGUCCCAACAAAUCACGCCACGUGGCGGCAUCGAGUCCAGAGCCAAUGCCUAUGGAAGAGAGUAUCCACCACUACGGUCCAGAUCUCAAACCAAUAUGGAUCAGGACUACGGGGAUCGAUUCUCUCAACAACAGCCAUUCUAUGACAACAGAGGGCUUGAUACCAAGUCAAGAAGCAAAUCCCUUGACAACCGAGAGUUCCGCGGUGGAGGCUAUGACGAUGGUUUCUACCGUAACGAGUACUCAAACCAAGAGGGAGGAGUCGUGAUUCCAAUCCGCCGGGACAUUGGCCGUGACGCCCAGUACGAUUAUCGAUCUUCUCCACAAACACGUCAUAGAGAAGUUGAGCCGUAUGGUAUUGAUGAUCGCCGUCCCCCAGUUGGCCAAGAACCUAUGAGAGAACCCAUCGAGCCCCUUCCAAAAUACUUCCCACCCCGAAGAUCGUUCGAUGGAAGAAUGGGAGACAGUCCAAAAUCCUACUCCUCUCGUUUCAAGGAGCACUCUACUCGAAGAGAUUUUGGAAGAGGUCCAGGAUUUGGAGAUGAUUUCGAGAGAGAAGACUAUGGAGCUGUUCAACCAUACCGUGGUCCACCAGUGGUUGCCUCUGGUGGAGGUGGUGGAGGUGGCUAUCGAUCCAGCAGCUAUCAUAGAUCCCAUCACGAGUCCUACGGUGGUGGAGGUGGAGGGCACGAGUUUGGAACUUCACGCGGUGCAAUCACUCAACAACCCGGAGUGUUCCACCAGGAUAUGCGACCAGUUCGACCGAUUCAACACCAUCGAGUGCAGUGCUGCUGUUUCAAGUUUGUUUGGCCACCAUGGAGCUAUGAGAAUGCGCCACCACCACAGCCGAUUUAUCGGAACAUCUAA